GACAUGGUGAACGUCAGGUGCUGCGUCCCGGGCUGCUCCUCCCUCGCUGCCUUUGGGUAUGAGGGAGGAGUAUUGCAGGCCUGCUCUCUGCAUCAGCUAGACGGGCAUGUACUGUUGAGGUCAAAACGACGGAGCGAUCAUCCAAAGGGAAGAUGCGCGAGGGUGGGAUGCAACCUGACAGCGGCCUAUGGGAGUAGAUUCACGCGAACCCGCCGGCACUGCCACCUGCACAAGACGGACGACGAAGUCUCGCUGUAUGCAAGGAAG